AUGUUAAUAUAUGAAAUGGAAAACAACACAUCUGAUUAUGGCAACCCAAACCUUGUGGGUGAUGUUUGGGAAUGGAAAAAUCGGUCAGAUCCUGUUCCACGUCUCCAUGUGGAAAAAAUUUGGCCACAUUAUGUAGACAUUAGCAAUGGUGGAUCCCAUCCCCUCACAAAUAUUAUGGAUCAUUACAAUGGUUUUGGGGGUUCAGGAAACAGUCUAACUCCUUACUCAGACAUCAAUGGAGCUAUUGGGACUUGGCAUCCAAUUAACGACACUAAUGAUCCACUUUCUGAGAAUAUAACAAUAAUUUUUAUCAACAGUUUCAUUGUUAUAAUCUGCCUUUUAGGGAUUGUGGGGAAUGGAAUGGUCAUCUGGCUUCUUGGCUUCCGCAUGAAGAGGAAUCCUUUCACCACCUACAUCCUGAACCUUUCCAUAGCUGACUUUGGGGUUCUCAUCUUUCUCAUUUGCACUGCAUCAUCUGUGACUGUCGACGCCCAGUAUAACAGAGCCAAUGUUCAGUUUCUGUUGUUUUCAAUAUUUUUUGAAUUGUUUUUUUUCACAUAUUCCACUGGCCAGUGUCUACUGGCAGCUAUCAGCAUUGACAGAUGUUUGGCUGUCCUCUUCCCACUUUGGCAUCGAUGCCACCGGCCCUCACAUUUAUCCAGUAUUGUUUGUACCCUAAUCUGGAUCUUCUAUUUCUUGCUCUCUGGAAUUCACUUCACUCUCCAUAGCAUCAAGAGCUCUGGCAGAUCUCCACUGUUGUAUCUACUUAUUCUCAACGUUGUCCUUUGUACUCCCAUCAUGGUCACUUUCACUCUAACCCUGGUCAUUCAUGUCUCGUGUAAAUCAGAACAACGCCAGCAGGGAAAGCUUGUUACCGUCAUCUUGCUUACACUUCUCUUUUUCCUCCUCUUUGCUCUUCCACUAAAUGUGAUUUAUAUAUUCAAUUAUUACUAUUAUUAUAAAUUUUUCUCCUCCCUCAUGGUAACUGGUUUUGCUUGUAGUUCUCUGAACAGUAGCAUCAAUCCACUGAUUUAUUUCUUAGUUGGGCGGAGGCAAAAGAAGGGUCAGCCCAGGGCAUCCAUGAAGGUGGCACUCCAGAGAGUUUUCAAGGAUGAGCAAGAUAGUAGGGAAGAACAGAACACAACCAAUGAAACCCUUGUGUAA